AUGAAAAAGGAAAUAAAAUGCGUUAAAUUGGUACUCUGUAUUUUCCCUUUUUUGUGGCUAUAUGUUUUUUGUAUUAAAUUAAAUAAAAAAGAGUUUUAUAAUUACAUAAACGUAUUAUUAGUGAAAAAUAAUGUUAAACAAAGAUAUAAAACAAUAAAUAUAUGUUAUGGACGAAAAAAAACAGAAAAGGAAAAUUAUGAUGAAUAUUUUAAAAAAUUAGAUAAAAUUUUUAAUGAAUGUGAAUAUGAUGAAGAACAGGUUGAAAAAGAAGAAAAAGAUAAUGAAGACAAAAUUGAUCUAGCUUAUGAACAAGAUUUACUUAAUAUUAAUUUUUGUAAUUAUGAAAAUGAUCCUAGAAGUUUAUCAAAUCUUGUUAAGAACAAAAGUAAAGAAGAGAUUGAAAGGGAAAAAUUAGAGGAAAAACAAAAUUUAAAAGACAAUAAAGAAACAACAAAUAAUACAUUACCUUAUAGUUAUGACUAUGAUCGUAUUUUUAAAAAUAAAAAAUUUCUACAAGAAAAAAUUCAUUAUAAAGAUAAAUUUUCUCUAAAGGAUGAUAAAACUAAAUUAAUUGACACUUACAAUGUUAAUAUUAUGAAUGAAAUUUUGAACAAUCAUCAAAAUGAUUCGGAAAUUCCUUUUUAUAAAGGAAGAAGAGAUAAAUAUUUUGGAAGAGAAGAUGAGCCGAAUUGUGGGGAAGAUGUAAAGGAAAAUUAUUUAGUAGACGAUUUAGAAAGCGUUAAUUUUUUGAGGAAGAUAAAAAGUGAUUUUCAUUUUGAAAGGGAUGAAUAUAUACAAGCUUCAAUAAAACAAAUCGAAGAAAGCUAUGUUAAAGAUGGAAAUGGAAACAUAUAUGAAAAUGGGGGUGAAAUAAGGCAUGGAAAUAAAAGAGAGAUAGAGGAAAAAGAAGAGGCUAAAGAGGAAGGGGCUAAAGAGGAAGGGGCUAAAGAGGGCGAGGCUAAAGAGUGCAUUAGUUAUCGAAUACGGAAUUAUGAAAAUAAAGAUGUUAUAAAUAAAAUGCUGGGAAUAAAAUUUGUGAAAAUGUUUAGUGUAGAUGAUGAAGUUAAAAAAAUAAAUGAGAAAAUAAAAACUAGUAAAAAUAUUAAUGAAAUUUUAGACAUAUUUUCAAAAGAAAAACGAUUAAAUAUAAUUAAUAUUAUGUAUAUAUUUAUAUAUAUGUAUAGAUAUAAAAAUAUAAAUAUAAAUGAAUAUCUAUAUGAUAAAAGGUUAAGAUAUAUUACAGAUGGGUUAGAAGAAUUAUUAAAACAUUAUUUAUAUAUUAUUAAUAAUAGUGGUUGUAUAAAACUUGAAAAAAAAACAAUAAUAUUGAAUGAUGUAAAUAUAAUAAUGUUAAUAAAAUAUAUGAACCGUUUAAAAUUAUUUUAUAUAAAUUUAAAUAUAUAUAAUAUGAUAUUUUUAAUUUUAUCAAAAUCUUUGGAAUUAUUUACUUUAGAAUCUAUGAUUUCUUUAUUAGCAUAUAUAAAUGAAUAUUCAUAUUAUGAUAGUGAAAUACAUAGAAAAAUUAAUUUGACAAUUUUGAGAAAUUUUUUUAAAAAAAUAAAAAAAGAUUUUACGCCAACUUUUAUUAAUAAAGAAAAUGAGAAAUUUAAUAAAACUGACCAAAAGUUAAUAAGUUUUUCAUAUUUUAAAUUAUUAAUUCCUAUAUUGUUGAAAUAUAAAUAUGUAGACAAAAUUGGAAUUUCUUUAUUAUAUUCUAUGUUUGAAGAAAAUAUAAAGAAAAUUUUAUUUAAUGAUAAAAAUAUUGUAGAUCCAAAAGAAGAGUGUGAUAUAUUAUUUUAUAAUGCAAAAACUAAAGAUCAGAAAAAAAAUAAAGAGAAUUAUUUUUCUUAUUUAAAAUAUGAACAUUUAAUUGAGAAAAAGAAAAAUUUACAUUUUUUAUCACAAUUUUUACAUUAUAUAAUAAUAUCAAAAUUUUAUAAUGAUAAAGACAGAUUAAUAACAGAUUUGGUUAACAUAUUUAUUAAUAAUUUUCAGAUUUUUAAUUUAAAUGAUAUAUUAAAUAUAUAUUUUAAUUUUCAUAUAUUUAAUAAAUUUGGAAAUAAUUUUAUUUUUCGUUGCAAACAAGAAAUAUUACAUAGAAAAAGUACAUUAAAAGAUUCUCAAAUUAAUAAAAUAUUAUCAUAUAUAAUUUAUAAUUAUAAAAAAUCAAAAAUUUUCAAAGAUUACCAUAGACAUAUUUUUGUAAAUAGAAAAUACACACUAUGUAGAAAUAAAAGUGAUAUAAAACAAACUAAUAUAGUUUCUUAUUCUAAUUUAAUUAAAAAAAGAAAAGAACUCAAAAGUUUUAAAAGGCUAUAUAUAACAUAUAAAAACAAUUUUGAAGAUUCUCAAUUUGUAUAUGAUUUUACAAACAAUAUUAAUAUGUUUGUACAGUUUCAAAAUAUUAAUUUGUUAAGAUUUAUAUAUAAUAUGUAUAUAUUAAGUUUAUUGUUUUAUAAAAAUCAAGAUGUUAUUCGAAUAGUUUCAGAUCUUAUAUAUGACAUGACAGAGACUAAUAUAUUUUCAUUUAUUGAUCAAUAUUCUUAUUAUAUGUAUGAAGAUAUAUAUAUUAUUAUAAAAUCUUUAAAAUAUAUAUCUUUUUUUGAUAUAAAUUUAAUUGAUAUUUGGAAAAAGUUUUUUUUUUUAUUGAACCAUUUUAUUAAUUCAUUAAAUCUUGAGAAUAUUUAUGAUAUAUUUUUUUUUAUAAAUAUAUCUAAAUUAACAAAUCUAAAAUCAGAAAAUUAUGAUGUUGUUAAAUUAUUAACAAAUAGAAUGAAAGAAAUAAUUCACCAAGUUUUUAAUUUAGACAUAAAAAAUUUAAAUACACAUCCACACACUUAUAUUUUAAAUAUAUUAAAUUUGGUAACAGAUCACGCAAAUCAAGAUUUUACAUCUUUUGUUCAUUUUUUCUUUUAUUCUAUUUAUAAAAAAAUCGAGCAAAAAAAAAAUGAGCAAAAAAAUAGUGAGCAAAAAAAUAGUGAGCAAAAAAAUAGUGAGAUCAAUGACGGAAAAAUUGCGGAUGGCAAGUUACAUGAUGUUUAUAAAGGGGUAAAUAAUUAUGUCUACAAUUUUAAGGAUAUAAGAUUAUUUAUAAAAUAUUUUUUAUUAUGUUUUAAAGAAAACCAAGAAGGUUUUAAUAAUUCUAUCGUUGAUUUUAUACUAUGGAAUUCUGAAAUAUUUUUUUCAAAAAUGAACAAAAAUAAAAAUUUUUAUCAUAAUAAUUAUAUAUUUGGAAACGAAAUAAAUGAAUAUAUAUCAUUUUUACAUAUUCUCAUAAAAAAAAAAAUAUAUAAUUCUAUAAGCAUGAGAAGAUAUAUUAACAUAUUUAAAAAUAUAUUAUUUAUUCAAGAGUAUCAUAAUGAUAAUUCAAAUUUAACAAAUGAAAGUGUUUAUAAACAGUUUGUUUCAAAAUAUUCUGAAAUAAAUGACAUUAAUAUUUGGAAAUUUAUACGAAAUAACUUUUAUCGUGAUUCAUAA